AUGCCGCUGCCAACGAAGUCUAGCAUCUCAGGCCUGGGCCCAGGCCUGUGCUCCCCAGAGGAGAGCCAUGAGGCUUGGGCACACUGCAGGGAUGCUAGCAAGCAGCUGCCCGAGUACAAGGCGGUGGUGGUGGGCGCAAGCGGCGUGGGCAAGAGCGCACUGACCAUCCAGAUGACUCACCAGUGCUUUGUGAAGGACCACGACCCCACCAUCCAGGAUUCCUACUGGAAGGAGGUGGCCUUGGACAAUGGAGGCUACAUUCUGAAUGUGCUGGACACGGCAGGGCAGGAUAGCCACAGAGCCCUGCGUGACCAGUGCUUGGCAGUUGGUGAUGGGGUGCUGGGUGUCUUUGCUCUCGAUGACCCCUCAUCUCUGGACCAACUGCAGCAGAUGUGGGCCACCUGGGGCCCCCACCACAACCAGCCCCUUGUCCUGGUGGGCAACAAGUGUGACCUGGAGGGUACCGCUGGAGAUGCUCGUGCUGCUGCUGCAGCCCUUGCCCAAAGCUGGGGAGCCCCCUUCGUGGAGACCUCAGCCAAGACGCGGAAAGGUGUGGAGGAAGCCUUUUCCCUGCUCAUCCGGGAGAUCCAGAGGGCCCAGGAAGCCAUGGCAGGGCCCGAUCGGGAGAGGACCCGGCACCAGAAAGCUAUGUGCAGCUGUGGCUGCUGUGUGGCCUGA